AUGCCUGCCAUUGAACACCCUACCAUCAAGGAUGGCUGGUUCCGCGAGAUCUCCGGCAUGUGGCCCGGCCAGGCCAUGACCCUCCAGGUCAAGGAGGUUCUUCACCACGAGAAGAGCAAGUACCAGGACGUCCUCAUCUUCGAGUCGACCAACUACGGCACCGUCCUCGUCCUCGACAACGUCAUCCAAUGCACCGAGCGCGAUGAGUUCUCAUACCAGGAGAUGAUCACCCACUUGGCCAUGAACGCCCACCCCAACCCCGAGAAGGUCUUGGUCAUCGGUGGUGGUGACGGUGGUGUCCUCCGUGAGGUUGUCAAGCACGAUUGUGUCAAGGAGGCCACUCUCUGCGACAUCGACGAGGCUGUCAUCCGCCUCUCCAAGCAAUACCUCCCCGGCAUGUCUGUCGGCUUCGAGCACCCCAAGACCACCACCAUCGUCGGCGACGGCUUCAAGUUCCUCGAGGACAAGAAGGGCGAGUUCGACGUCAUCAUCACCGACUCUAGCGACCCAGAGGGUCCCGCCGAGGCUCUCUUCCAGAAGUCCUACUUCGAGUUGCUCAACGGUGCGCUCCGCGAAGGCGGUGUCAUUACCACCCAAGGUUCCGAGAACCAAUGGCUUCACAUGCCCCUCAUUGUCAACCUCAAGAAGGCUUGCAAGGAGGUCUUCCCCAACGUCGAGUACGGCUACACCACCAUCCCCACCUACCCCUCCGGCCAGAUCGGUUUCAUGGUCUGCAGCAAGGACGCCAACCGCGACCUCAAGAAGCCCCUUCGCAGCUGGUCUACCGAAGAGGAGGAGCAGCUUUGCAGGUACUACAGCAAGGAGAUCCACGAGGCGGCUUUCGUUCUGCCCACCUUUGCUCGCAAGGCUCUCCAAUAA